CACUCCACAAGGAAUGGCAAGUGCAACUUGACUGGCUGGUGGGAGAACGACCUGGGCUCCAGGAUGCAUGUGUCUGCAGUUGACAGCCAGGGCAACUUCUCUGGCGAGUACCACACUGCUGUGUCCAGUGCCCAGAAACCCAUCAAGUCAUCUCCUCUUGUUGGCUCUCAGCACUUGGACAAGGACAGGCAGUGCACAUUCGGCUUCACUGUCAACUGGAAGAUGUUUUCUGACUCCACAGCUGUCUUUGUGGGCCAGUGCUUUGUUGAGGACAGUGGGGAGGAGGUCCUGCAGACCUCCUGGCUCCUGCGGGAGAAGGUUGACUCCCAGUCCAGCAACUGGAAAGCCACCAGGACUGGCCGCAAUAUCUUCACUCGGAUGAAAUGA